AUGGGUUGUUGUGGCUGUAGAGGAAGCUGUACCACCUGUAACAGCUGUGGUGGCUGCGGCUGUGGUUGCGGCGGCUGUGGCGGCUGCGGCUGUGGAGGCUGUGGCUGUGGAGGCUGUGGCGGCUGUGGCAAUUGCUGUACCACCUGUACCUGCCGCCGUGUAGGCUGCUGCUCUGGCUGCUGCCCCUGCUGCUGUGGCUGCUGCGGGGGCUGCUGCAGCCCUACAGUGGUCUGCUGCCGCCGCACCUGCUGCUGUGGUGGCUGUGGCUCCUGUGGCUGUGGCUGUGGCUGUGGUAAGGGCUGUGGCUGUUGCAAGGGCUGCUGCCAACAGAAAUGCUGCUGCCAGCAGUGCUGCUGUAAGAAGCAAUGCUGCUGCUAGGUGGGAAAACUCUCCACCAAUCGGUAAGAUUUCACAGGGGUUUAGCAAUAGAGCAUUGGCCUGAGACUUAAGGAGAUGAGGUCCUAAACCUCACUCUGCCAGUGACUUAACUUAAGACCUCAUGCAUGUCACUUGCACAGACUUAGAGAAAAAUCAGUUCUCAGAGAGAAAAGGAACAUGAGAGGGCAACGUGAUUCUAAUUUACCUCAUUUCCCAAAAUAAGAAGCUUAAAUAAAAUGGACUAUGAGAUUAUUGUCAGCUCUGAGGUCUGACUGCUGUUAUUCACUUCUGCUCUUUUCUGGCCUGAAUAGAAUUGAUGCAUCCACGAACAUAUAUGAUCCUUUGAGUUAUUUGCACUUAAUGCCUCUUCUCAAAGGCACUGUUGCAACUGAGAUCUGUCUCCCUACGAGGCUUGUCUCUCAAUACAAUUGGUGUCGGACAGUAAAAAAAGAAUACAGCCCAGCUACUGAAUAGUCUAGCCUAUGAGCCAAGCAAAUUGGAAUCAUAAUUUUUUAAAAUAUUUUCUUUCUUGUUGAAUUUCAUCCUCUUCUGGCUUUUUUACCUUUAAUUUUGUUCUUUCUAUUUGUACUAUAUAUUAUUUUACUACUCUGCUGCUUUGGAGUCUUUCUAAAUCUUUACUAUUUUUUCUCAAUAAAAUCCAAAAAAUGACCAUAAAAUCACUCAUGAUCCUUUUUCGUUUGAAUGUAUGGAAAACUCUAGUCUAAGAGAAGCACAAUCAUAUCCUCUUGAGGACUGGAUUUUCUCACAAAAGUGGGGCUCUUAUCAUGUUGCUACUAAGGGUUAAGGGUUCAAUAGAUGAGAAGCAUUCAGUUCAGAGAUAAUGCAAAUUUCCAUGCCACUGGUACGCAUCUUACCUUGGGAAUCCUCAAGGAAAUAAUCCCUGCUCACACACCAAUGUUGAGAAAUGUUUUCCCUCCAUCACAUGUUUAUUGAACAUUUCUGAUGAAUAAAGACAACAUAGCCUUAUUCCUGGAAAUAGGGGUGCCUUUAAAGAAUGAUCUUUAAAACAAGACUGUCUUGACACCUCUGCAACUCCAAAUGUAGUGUCCUUCCUGUGCCAAGUCUGAUGCGCUUCCAUGAUAGCAAUAAUUACAGGGGCACUACAAAGCUAACAAACACCCAGGUUUCCUCCUCCAGUCAUAGGUCUCCUUGGAGUGGAUCACCCUAAGAUAUCUGAGGAGCCCUCUAA